AUGUCAGCUCCAGAACAAAGAAGAGGCGGCUUCGGCGCCAGAAACAAGGGCCGUCAGGGCCGCAAGGGCAGAAGAGAGGUCGAGGAGAAGGGCUGGGUGCCAGUGACCAAGUUGGGCCGUCUUGUGAAGGCCGGCAAGGUCACCAGCGUCGAGGAGAUCUUCCUACACUCGCUACCAGUCAAGGAGUUCCAGAUUGUGGACACCCUGCUACCAGGUCUAAAGGACGAGGUGAUGAACAUCAAGCCUGUCCAGAAGCAGACCCGUGCCGGUCAGAGAACCCGGUUCAAGGCCGUCGUUGUUGUCGGUGACUCCAACGGCCACGUUGGUCUAGGUAUCAAGACCGCCAAGGAGGUGGCCGGCGCCAUCCGCGCUGGUAUCAUCAUCGCCAAGUUGUCCGUGAUCCCUAUUAGAAGAGGUUACUGGGGCUCCAACCUUGGUCAGCCACACUCUCUAGCCACGAAGACCUCUGGUAAGUCUGGUUCCGUCACUGUGCGUUUGAUCCCUGCCCCACGUGGUUCCGGUAUCGUCGCCUCUCCAGCUGUCAAGAAGCUUCUACAGCUUGCUGGUGUCGAGGAUGUGUACACUUCCUCCACCGGUUCUACCCGUACCCUAGAGAACACCUUGAAGGCUGCCUUCGUUGCCAUUGGUAACACCUACGGUUUCUUGACCCCAGACUUGUGGCCAGAGAACCAGUUGCCAGCUUCUCCUCUAGACGUCUACGCCGACGAGGCCGUUGCCCAGAAGAAGAGAUUCUAA